UGCUACUCACAGUUUAGACUGACAGAUUAUUGCUGAAACUUCCUUGUAGGGAAUCCAGGCUUCAAUUGAAGGAUUAAUGAGUUUUUUUUAAUUCGGCAUUUCUUGAUGGAAUGAAUUUUAUAUAGUUCCUUUGUCAAAGGUAUCUUCCGAUCGCAGAGAUAAUCGUCCAACAAGUAGCAGAAUGAUUUUAAUGGUCGUUUUUGCACUCCUCUCAGUCACUGCUUUGGCUGACGAAUUGCCCGGCCGCUCGUAUUACUCAAUCUCCCCACAUGUCGGCUCAGGACAAGGCACCUCGUAUUCGAUCACCGGCAGUGGGCGGAUUACCGGUGUCCGAGUGUGGGAGGCUUACAACAACUACAUUUACGGCAUCCAACUUCGCUAUGGCUACCAAUGGACCGAUGUGACAGGCCGAGAGAUGGGCCAAAUGCAGGAAAUUGAGUUGUUUGACAACGAGGCCAUCGUGCAGCUCUCUGGAAAAUAUGCACACUACAUCCAGUCUCUGGUGUUCACUACUAACUUGGGCCGUUCCCUCUAUGCGGGUCAGCCUACGGGGCACUCAUUCAACAUGUACCCGAACAACGAGAAGGGUGAACUGCGCUUCCUCAGCGGCCGGUUCCGCGGUGCCAUCACCUCCAUUGGGGCGCACUGGGGUGUUGUUUCUGAAACUCAUCAAGCGCCAAGAAAAUACUAUUAAAGAACCCCAUCAUCUGCAUUGGACGUACACUGGGGGAAAAAAUGGUGUGUUGAAUUUAUUCAAUGGUUGCAUGAAAUCAAAUCAUUUGCAAUUUUUCAAGUAGAUAUAUAGUCCACUUCAAAAUGUAUCUGGAUUCAGAUGAUUUUAUUUCAUCCAAUCACUUGAUGAACUAGAAUUGAGUAAAGUCAACCCAAAACUUUUUUUUUCUCGUGUAUUUUAACAAUCAAGAAAAUGCUUGCCUGAUGUUUAAUCAUUUCGCACCUUCAUAAAAUCUCUGUCCUGAGCAAACUUGCGCAAUGGUUAUCACGUGAUUAAAGACCAAUUUGUCAACCU